AUGGUGUUGGCUCCGGUAGUUUCUAAACGGGAAGAAGACUCCAUGAACAAUGAGCCUUCUCUCAGUGGGAAAAGCAUCAUUGGUCUUAUCUUUCCUCCCCCAGAUAUCAGAGCCGUCGUUGAUAAAACUGCAUCUUUCGUGGCUAGAAAUGGAGUUGCAUUCGAGAACAGAAUCUGUGAAAAAGAAGCGAACAGUGCCAAAUUCAGUUUCUUGAGUCCUACAGAUCCAUACCACGCUUAUUAUCGUCUCAAGAUUAGAGAUUGUCAAGAGGGUAAAGUAGAAACUUACGUUCCUAAGCCAAUCGUUCCUGAUGCCGUUAAGGAAGCCAUCAAGAAGGCUGAGUUUGUCCCUACCAAACCUCCACCAGCGUUUGAGUUCAGUGCUGAUCCUGCAACUAUCAACGCUUUCGACUUGGAUUUAAUUAGAACAACUGCGAUUUUCGUCGCUAAGAACGGAAGACAGUUCCUCACACAAGUCAUGACCCGUGAGGCAAGAAACUAUCAGUUUGAUUUCUUGAAACCGGCCCAUUCCAAUUUCAGUUAUUUUACUAAAUUGGUUGAACAGUAUACAAAGGUUAUCAUUCCUCCUAACAAUAUCCUUGAUACUCUCUCCACAGAGAAAAGCAGCAACAAAAGGUUGAUGGAAGAUAUAAAAUAUCGUGUUGCCUGGGAAAAACAUCAGAAAACUCUCAAAGAUAAGGAAGAGAAAGAAGCUGAGAAGGAACGAUUGGCUUAUGCUGCCAUCGAUUGGCAUGAUUUCGUUGUUGUUCAGACUGUUGACUUCCAACCUGGUGAUAAUGCUAACCUUCCUGCUCUUUGCACCCCAUCAGAUGUUGGUGCUAGAAUCCUCUUGGAACAGAGACAAGAAAUGAAUAAGACUGCUGGUGAAGCAGUUGAAAUGGACAUGGAAGAAUCAGACAGUGACGAUGAUGAGCACAAGUCGGAUUCUCAUCAACCAGAAGUCAUGCGCCCAACACCUACAGAAUUCGCUGCUCCUCUCCCACCUUCAAAGCAGAAGGAUAUCAUCGUCAGAGAUUACGAUCCAAAGACUAUGCACAAACAGAAACGUGCUGGAGAGAAAUAUCUUAUAUCUCCUCUUACUGGAGAAAGAGUUCCAACAGACAAAUUGGAAGAACAUGUCAGAUACAAUACCGUCGAUUCACAAUAUCUCGAGGGUAGAGAUCGCUUUGCCAGUGAUCGUGCUAGCGAUGAACCUGUGCUUGCUCCUGGAGCUGAUAUCAGUCGUAAUCUUGGAAACUUCGCCGAACGUCGUUCCGAUAUUUUCGGUGUUGGAGCUGCUGGAGCAGAACAGACAGUCAUUGGACGAAAAUUGGGUGAAGAGGAACAAGCUCCUAUUAAUACUAAACAUAUUUGGGAUGGAUCUGAAGAGACUCGUGAAAUGCACACUCAACGUGUCCAAAAUCAAGUCACUCUAGAUCAACAGAUCCAUGAAAUUCAACGUCAACACGGUUAUAUUCCCGAUCCAUCAAAAGAACGAAUCGGUGCUCAGCCUAUUCCUAAACCUCCUCCACCAAGCGCUUCCGCUAUCCCCAUACCUCAACGAGCUCCUGUACCUCGUCCACAAGCAUCAAUUCCCGCACCAACACAUGCACCUCCACCGAUGAAUGACGGUCCACCAGCUAAACGGCAAAAAACUGAAGAAGACCUAGAACCUGAAAGUUCUUGGCUCGAGAAAGUUUCUGGUAACGUAGAUCUCCGCAUCCAGCUUCCUAAAGCUCCUGAUCUCGGCUUUGACGGAAAUAUCAUAGCCCUGCAAAUAGAUAUCACAAACUCCAUAGGAGAACUGAAGCAAAGAAUUCAAGAACUGACAAACAUGCCAAUAGCCAAGCAAAAACUAAACUUCGAUGGUUUCUUCUUAAAAGACCAGUCAAGUCUGGCGUUCUACAAUCUGAACAAUCAUUCAUUAGUAACGGUUCAAGUGAAGGAGCGUGGAGGAAAGAACAAAUAA